UUUCCCCUAGCUCGCUUGGGGGGAUGCGGUAGCCCCGCAGCCCACAGGUCACAUGGAGCUGUGCCGCGCGGGAGGCGGUGAGGCUUUGGCGCGCCCCCAAACCGCGUUGUACCCUGGGGCUUCAGGGUCCCGCAAUGGCUCCUCCAGGGGAUUGAGUCAGGCAGACUAGGCGACACCAGAGGCGACGGCACUCCGGGUGCGCAGGGGAUGGAACUAACCGCCCCCACCCGGUAAGAUUCCGCUGCGCAAGAUCUUCCCAGUCCCUUUGGCAUCGCAACGGGAGCGCCCACCCCGUAGAGACACCAGAUCGAGGAGACCAGGAUUAGGGGUGGCUGCAGCUGGCACGGUGAGCAGCUCCAGGGGCUGGCGCGGCCAGGGAGGGCCUGUGCCCCGGAUCGUGCGCUCUGGGUAGGCGGGCUCGCUGUGGCCAGCCCGCGGCGCCGGCCGCUUCCCUUCACAAGACUGCGGGGACCUCGGAAGGGCUUCCCACCGCACGGCACAGGCCGGCGUAAGCGCAGGGAUGAAUGAUCGUUCCAGCGAGGGCGCCUCCCCACCCUUCACCCGCUGGGGCUGCGCCGCAAAAGCGACAGGAAGGCGCCGCCCGGGCUUGUGUGAGUCCAGGUUUGACUUGCACUAAUCUGGGCCUUCGGUCCAGGAUGGUUUGUUCUUGGGACCAGACCUGACCGGAAGUUGACCUCAUGAGCACAUCAGCCUCUCCAGUUGCCAUGCUGCUCCGGAGGCUCAGGCGGCUCUCCUGGGGCAGCACCGCUGUCCAGCUCUUUAUCCUAACGGUGGUGACAUUUGGCCUGCUGGCCCCCCUGGCCUGUCACCGGCUUCUACACUCUUACUUCUACCUUCGCCAUUGGCAUCUGAACCAAAUGAGCCAAGAGUUCCUGCAGCAAAGCUUGAAGGAGGGGGAGGCGGCCCUUCACUACUUUGAGGAGCUGCCCUCCGCCAACGGCUCAGUGCCCAUCGUCUGGCAGGCCACCCCCCGACCCUGGCUGGUCAUCACCAUCGUCACUGUGGACAGGCAGCCUGGCUUCCACUACGUCUUGCAGGUGGUGUCCCAGUUCCACCGGCUUCUCCAGCAGUGCGGCCCCCAGUGCGAGGGGCACCAGCUCUUCCUGUGCAACGUGGAGCGCAGUGUGAGCCACGUGGAUGCCAAGCUGCUGUCCAAGUAUGUCCCCGUGGCCAACCGCUACGAGGGCACUGAGGAUGAUUACGGCGACGACCCUUCCACCAACUCGUUUGAGAAAGAGAAGCAGGACUAUGUCUAUUGCCUGGAGUCGUCCCUGCAGACCUACAACCCAGAUUAUGUCCUGAUGGUGGAAGACGACGCCAUUCCAGAAGAGCAGAUCUUCCCAGUCUUGGAGCACCUUCUGCGGGCUCGCCUCUCCGAGCCGCACCUCCGAGAUGCCCUUUAUCUAAAGCUCUAUCAUCCCGAGAGGCUGCAGCACUAUAUCAACCCGGAGCCCAUGCGGAUCCUGGAGUGGGUUGGUGUGGGCAUGUUGCUGGGGCCCUUGCUAACCUGGAUAUACAUGCGCUUUGCCAGCCGUCCGGGGUUUAGCUGGCCCGUCAUGCUGUUCUUCUCCCUGUAUAGCAUGGGUCUGGUGGAACUGGUGGGCCGGCACUACUUCCUGGAACUGCGGCGGCUGAGCCCUUCCCUGUACAGCGUGGUCCCGGCUUCGCAGUGUUGCACGCCGGCCAUGCUCUUUCCUGCCCCCGCGGCCCGCCGGACCCUCACCUACCUGUCCCAGGUGUACUGCCACCAGGGCUUUGGCAAGGACAUGGCACUGUACUCACUGUUGAGGGCCAAGGGGGAGCGGGCCUACGUGGUAGAACCCAACCUCGUUAAACACAUCGGGCUCUUCUCCAGCCUUCGGUACAACUUUCACCCCAGUCUGCUCUAGCAGGCCAAGAAAUGCCUCUCUGAAAUGGGCUGCUGCUUAGAGAUUCAAAUACUGAGCUCUAUAUCUCGACACGGUUGCCUGCGAAUGAAUUGCUGUUUAACAUUGCUGGGGAUGGGACAGCAGAGGAACAGGCUAGUCAAGAAUCUCGGCUGGAGGAGUUGGCCACAGAUCUGGACCCGUCCCUCCGCACAGCCACGCUGCCUCGGGCAGCUGGAUCCACACAACGAGGAGGCAUUUAAAUACCAGUUAUAUUCUCUAGUUGUAUUCAGCUCUGCUUCCUGGUAGAGGUUGUGACUGCCAAAAAUACUGUGCGCAAUGGUACACCUGUUUGAGGAUUUAAGGGUAGAAUUUGAUGAAAGGUGAGAUCCUUUUGAACUGACUUCUUUCUCAUUGGGCCUGAGAAUGGAUGUGUUUAGAAUAUAUGUCUCAAGAGACAGUACCUUGUUGAUCAGUUCCACUUGUUUCCUUGAGCUGGUGUAAUGAAAACUAAUAAAUGCCGUGCAGCACCUGGCAGCUUGGAGGAAGGUGACCUGGCUCCUGCUACCUGCCUGUCUCUUUCCUGCAGUGUAGUGCACUGAUGAUCAGUAUUGGUAGUGAGAACUUUAAGGCACAGCAAAAUUUGAAAGCACCUUACAGGUCGUCAAAGUCAGAUUGCUUAUGUUUAUUAGUGAUUUAAUAUUGAAUAUUUCAGUCAUAUUCUGAUUAUUUGAAAACUGGACAUUGCAGAAUGAUAUUGAAUGGGUGAGCUCUUUGCUAACUGUAUAUCCCUUUUCCUAACUUUGCUGGCUAAUCAUUCACCCUCAUUUCUUUUUCUUCUAAGUAGCAUGAUGUUAUAGAAGGAAAAAAACAUGGACUCUGAAGUCAGAAGACCUGAAUUGUUAUUUCGGAUCUCUCUCAUGUCCUAAUGGUGUGAACUAGGGCAGGUCAUAACCACUCUGAGUCUCAGUUUCUUCACCUGUAAAAUGGGGACAGUGGGACCUACCUUUAAAAGUUGCCUUGAGGUUUAAAUGACAGGAUGUAUGCAAAACACCUAAUAAGUACUUGGCCCAGAGAGGAGGGCACUUGGCAAAUUUUGGUUCUUUUUCUCUCCUGUAAUAAGCAUAUAAAACUUAAGUGUAUUUUGGAUAAAGAUAAUGAUAUUGUUUAGAGCAGGGGUCUCCAACCCCUGGCCAUGGACCAGUGCCGGUCUGCGGCCUGAUAGGAACCAGGCCGUGUAGCAGGCGGCGGGCGAGUGAGCAAAGCAUCACUUGCAUUACCGCCUGUGCUCCACCUCCUGUCCUCACCCCGCUCCUGGUCCAUGGGAAAAUUGUCUUCCAAGAAACCAGUCUCUGGUGCCAAAAAGAUUGGGGAAGGCUAGUUUGGAGGAUAAGAUAGAACACAGCGGACGCCCAUGAAGCAGCUGUUCCAGACCAACCACUGCUAGAAUAAACAUUGACUUGUCAUUGUGACUUCUGAAGGGUAUACAGCUCCACCCAAGCCAGACAUAACUUUUCAUUCAAACUGGGAGUGAUCUGAGACUCCUCUGGAGUUUAUUCUGAGACUAUCAUCUAAAUAUUACUUUUCUUGAAUGUUACAAAUAACUGGCCUUUGACGAUACUUAUCAGACCAGCGGACAAGUCCCUUCAUGAGGACGGAUGGUUGUAUUGAGUUCAAACACUUGUCCGUUUUGGUUCACAGGCACAUCUUCUGUUUGCUUUUACAUUUCCAUGGUGAGCUUCCAUUUGGGGAUCCACUCUAGAACACAGAGGGAGUAUACAGGAGUUGGGGGGAGGUACAGAGGGUAGUAUCCCACUUUACAGAUGAACAGACUGAGACCCAGAGGUGUUAGAUACCUUCUCCAGGCUCACACAGCUGAAUAGGCUGAGACAGCUCUUCUGACUUCCAGCUUUUUUCUUAACCACAUUCAUUUUAUAAAUACCUAUGUAGUCAAAUUCUCUUUUGUAAAAUCUGAUUGUAACCUGGACUGAGUAAUGUUUCUGUAAACUAAGAUGUGAGAAAUGCAUUGUCAUGUGAGUCUUGGGGAACAAACAGGUCUCAGUGUGUGUUGUGUUGUUAUAGCCAUCCGUUAGGUAUCCCCCAGGAAUGUCUAAAGUGAUCAGAGCUAGUAGAUGACUUACUAAGGUGUUCAGAUUCCACACCUCUAUUUCUCCUCAUCCAGCAACUGGUCCACUCCCAUGUUUGAGAACAGAACCACCCUCAGCCUAGACUUACUAGAAUUUGUUGCAUUAAUGAUUGGCUCCCCUCAUGAAAUUUUUUUUUUGGUCCAGUGACAGGGUAGCCACAUCUAAGCUACUCAGCCUCCAGAUAGGGAGUCACUGUUGUUUUACAUUUCUGCCCUUUCUAAUUCAGUUGUCUACUGCAUGCGCACCUCCCCUCCCCAGCUCCUUCAUUUUGGAUGGCCAAGGCCAUCUUUGCCUUGUCUAAUUUUUCUACCGACAUACCAAGAUGUCUUCUCCCAUGGAUCUAAACUCGAGUCUGCCAUCCUUGGACAUUUUCUGCAGCCCAGUGCUGCCCUUUUAUCUCUACCCACCCCUAGAUUUUCCUCCCUUUGUCCCUCGUUCCUAGAGUCCAGUUUUCGUAUAUUGUCCUUGAUGAGGACAGCUGACAGCUUCACACCAAAGCUGAAGUCUCCUGUUUAUUCCUAAACAAGGGGACUAGAAGAGAACUCCAGUCCCCUUCCCACACCAAGGGACAUAGGUCACCAGGUGAGUGAAGGUUCAAAGUUUAAAUUAUAGGCAGGCCUAAGAAGGUCUCAUUUGUGACUGAUUGUAUUUGCAUAGACAUAUCACUGAAAAUAAAAGCACCCAUUCCACUGAGGUGUCCUGAGAAGA